GUUAGUUCAGCUGUCACUGUGUGCAGAAUUCACAGAAUGCAGCUGUUUUCUGUGUGAUUCAACCGUUUGGUUUCUUUAUCACCUGUUCACCGCUCUCAUCUAAUCAUGAAAUCUUACUUCUUCUGCGUAAUCUUAUCUUUAAGCGUUUAUUUCAGCAGAGCAGUAGACGUUAGCGAGAACAAUUCCCUUGUUUGGGGUCCAGGACUGGACAGUAGGGUAACUCUGCCGGCGAGAUACUUUUUCAUUCAGAGUGUGGACAAAGGCAGCAACAAUCUUACAGAUUCUCCAGGUCAAGAUGCCUUUGAUGUAAAAAUCACAAGCUCAUCUGGACGUGUAAGCGCAUGGCUUCAAAAGUUGGACAGAAAAGAUGGUUCAUUCAUUGUUCGCUAUAGACUGUUUGCAUCUUAUCCAGACCUUACUAUUGAAAUUACACACAAGGGCAAGAGUGUUGCUAACUCGCCCUAUAAAUUAGAGGGAGGAGUUUACCAUGAGACUUGUUACUGCCCAGAAUCAAUUGAGAAGGCCUGGUUAGAAGCCAUGAACUGUUCACCGAUGUACCCACAAAUCCAAAAAGAUCUGAUUCCAUUUGAUAAAGUCAACUUAAAAGAAUUGUUUAAGGAAGCUGUUCAACGGUUUGGAAAGCAUCAUGCUUUGUGCCAUUAUUCUGUCAUCAGCAAUCAGGUCUAUCGGAAAACUUAUGGACAACAUGUGGGAUUUUCAAUGUUUAUGGAUAACUUACUUUUGUCUCUUGCCAGGAAGGUGCUUCUGCCUGACAUGGAGUUUUUUGUCAAUCUUGGUGACUGGCCCCUUGUGAAUCGUAACACAAGACCUAUUCCCAUAUUAUCCUGGUGUGGUUCAGAUGAUACAUUGGACAUUAUCAUGCCAACGUAUGAUCUAACAGAGUCCACACUGGAGACAAUGGGAAGAGUUUCCCUGGAUAUGUUGUCUGUGCAGGCCACUGAAAGUCCAAAAUGGCCAGACAAGAUAAACAAAGCACUCUGGCGUGGCCGUGACAGUAGAGAAGAGAGACUUAACUUGGUCAUAAUGGCAAGAAAAAAGCCUGAGCUGUACGAUGCUGCACUUACAAACUUCUUUUUCUUUAAAUAUGAUGAAAAAAAAUAUGGUCCUAAAGCCAAACACAUCUCAUUCUUUGAUUUCUUCAAGUGGAAGUACCAAAUUAACAUUGAUGGAACUGUGGCGGCAUAUCGCUUGCCAUACCUGUUGGCUGGAGAUUCUUUGGUAUUAAAGCAACAAUCACCGUAUUACGAGCACUUCUAUGAUGACCUUCAACCUUGGACACAUUAUGUACCUUUCAAAAGAGAUCUGAGUGACUUGGAAGAAAAGUUAAAGUGGGCUAUGGACAAUGAUGAAAAGGUCAAGGAGAUAAUAAAGAACGCUCAAUUAUACACGAGAGAUAACCUGCUUGCUGAUCAAAUCUUCUGUUAUCACUAUAUUCUUUUCCAGGAGUAUGCUAAGCGCCAGACUACCAAGCCGACGAAACAUUCAGAUAUGGAACACAUAAAGCAACCAAGUGAUAGAGAUUCCAAAUGCAACUGUAUUAAAAACAAAGAGCUCCGUGACGAACUCUAAACCUCAUUUUGCUGUAAAACAAAAGCUUGCCAAGUUCCGUUUGACAGCCGGCCAGCACACACAAGCUUCGCUGUUUGGUGUAAUGGUUGGGACACGCCCCAAUUGAAAAAAAGCUGCUUUCACAGUUUCGCUUCACGAACUUCUUUUACAACGACUUUCUUAUCGUCUUUCUUAAAAUGAGAGUUUUGUACAAAGCUGUUUUGUGAAGAGCAGAUUUUGAAGCGAAUCAUUUUCGGAAUAUUUUAUAAACAUCAGAAAACUUAAUAUAACAUUUGUCAGAGACGGCCUGGAAAGGAAAAUUCUCCUUACUAUUGAGCGUUUGAAAAUAAAAAAGCUUAAAAUAUCCAG